GCAGCUGUGAUAAAAUGGAUAGGGAUCAGUCAGUGCAAACCACAUAAAAGGGCUUACUACACAGUUCCAUGGUGACAGAGCGAAUAUCUUUCUGCCAAGAUGUAUGCUCUGCACGAAUUCAUGCUAAUUCAUGUGUUGACGUGCCUUGGACAAAAUGCACUUGGAAGUGAAAUUAUACAUGGGGAAAAAGCUCCCGAGAACUCACUGUUGUAUAUGGCCUCGGUGCAGAGCAACUAUGGCCACGAUUGUGGAGGAUUUCUUGUAAGUGAGGACUUUGUGGUCACUGCUGCACACUGUGAUGAAGAGAAUCCAAGGAGAGUAGUUCUUGGCACCCACGAUCUCAGCGAGCCUGCUAACACCAUGAAAGAUGUAAUCAUGAAAUGCAUACACCCAUAUUAUAAAGGUGUUGGAAAUGGGAAUGACAUCAUGCUACUCAAACUUUCUAGUGAAGUCCAACCAAGCAAAAGCAUCCAAAUUAUUAAACUUCCCUCUUCUGAAAUAAAGCUAAAGGAAAAUGAAAGGUGCCUUGUGGCUGGGUGGGGUAUGACAAAAACUGAUGGUCCAUUAGUUCACCAGCUGAGAGUAGUGGAUGUGUCUGUUAUCAGCCCAGAGGUCUGUAGGGAGAACUGGCCGGGUCUUCCGGACAGUCUUAUUUGUGCUGGUGGUUAUGGCACAAACAAAGGAUUCUGCCAGGGUGAUUCUGGUGGCCCUCUGAUCUGCAAUGAUACAGCUGUUGGUGUUGUUUCUUUCAACAAAUGGGGCAGAUGUGACUACCCGGAUGUACCAAAUGUCUAUGUGGAUAUCUCAAAACACCUUAACUGGAUCAACGGGAUUCUCAAGACAAAGCAUUGUUAAAUCUUACAUAAAUCUUUGCUUUGACACACUGUUAUUGUAGUUGUGCAUUUAAAUCACUCUGUGUUUUAUCUAGAUGCAGAAUAAAUAAAUGUUUCAAAUAUUU